AUGGACCAUCAAUCCGAAGCCAUUCCCGAAGGCUGGACCAAUGACCCACACCACCUCGAGCUCUAUUUCGACCACAACAGCUUGGAAGCCUACCGGUCCCGAUGCUUCGGCAUCGUGGACGCUAAGGUUGUUCUGUUAGGUACCAAGGAUAUGGACUAUAUCAUUACCUCAGGCGGGCGUUACUACUGGGGAGAUUUCAUGCUUGAAGAUCAUUUGUCUGAAAUCACCAGGCCUACCACCUUCGCGGGAAUUCUGAAUGCACUCGCAACCAAGGGCUUCAGCGGAAUGCGCUUGAAGGCACUCAAGAUGCUCAAAAUCGACGAAAAACCUCCCAACAAGGUGCCACCAGAGCACGAAGCAAACCGGGUCCUAUUUGUCCCCGCGGAGGUUGUUCCAGAAUCAAGUCGCACAACCUAAGUACCCUCCCUGGCUACGCCAAUCACAACUCACAGUGAGUCGAAAUCAUUGCUCCAAAUUCAACGAAAAUGGUUGAUGAAUUAUUCUGUCGGUUUCAACCAAUCACUCGCGAUUCUGGGGCUCUCUUCCAUGUCCUAUGGUGUGUAGACAGCACGUGAAAGUCUUGGUGAGUUGUAGUCUGGAUGGCCAGGAA